AUGGUGCAAGAUCCGCGCGAGACGCAGCUCGAGGUGACGCCAACCAACCGCGUAGCCAUUUUUUAUGAAAACGGUGGGCCGGACAAGAUCUCGAUCAAGCAGCUGGACAACAUCAAGCCAUCCGAGCUGAACGCUGGAGAAGUGCUUGUUCGGGUGCUGUUCACGGGCGUCUGCCACUCGGACCUGCACGCCUUGCAAGGCGACUGGCCUUUCCCACCCAAGCUUCCGCUGAUUGGCGGUCAUGAGGGAGCCGGAGUUGUUGUUGCUCUAGGAGCUGGAUCGCAGGAAUACGUGCAGAUCGGCGACCGCGUUGGGAUCAAGUGGAUCGCCGAUGCAUGCCUCAACUGCGAAUACUGUCGCUUAUCGCACGAGAUCAACUGUGCACAGUACAAGUCAAGUGGAUAUGCGGUGGACGGUACGUUCCAGCAGUACGUUCGACACACGGCUCGAUACCUAACCAAGAUUCCGGACGCGCUGGACCUCGCACAGGCGGCGUCGAUCCUGUGUGCUGGAGUGACGAUCUACCGUGCGCUCAAGGAGGCGCACCUUGAAGCGGGCAACUGGGUCGUGAUUCCCGGAUCGGGUGGAGGGUUAGGCCACUUGGGCGUGCAGUAUGCGCUCAAUGCCGGACUGCGCGUGAUUGGGAUUGAUACGGGGAGUGACAAGCAGCACAUGUCGCUCUCGCUCGGAUGCGAAGUGUUUGUCGAUUUCAAAACCUCGGACGUGGCCACGGCGAUCAAAGCGGCCACGGGAGGAAUUGGUGCGCACGCAGCUGUGGUGGCAGCAGCUAGCUCAGCUGCUUACGAGCUUGCCUUGGACUACAUCCGCCCCAGGGGCACACUAGUGAUUGUCGGAAUGCCCAACUCGAUCUUGCCUCUCUCGAUCUUCAAGACAGUGCUAAUGACGCACAAAAUCGUCGGCUCCGCCGUAGGCAACCGGCAAGACGCCGUCGAGGCGCUCGACAUCGCUUCCAGAGGAAAGGUCAAGGUGCACUUUACCAUGAAGGGCCUCACCGAUCUACCGCAUGUCUUCCAGGACAUGAUCCACGGUCGCAUUGCUGGAAGAAUCGUCUUGGACGUCGACAAGUGA